UCUCAGCUGAAGAUGCAUGCAUGGUCAGAGGACAAAAGCGGAAGUUCCCGGAUGAUGACGACAGAUCAUCCAGACCAGCAAAAAAAAUUAAACUUUUUCACCACGUGCACAAUGACGAGGAGCAAGCAUCCUCCUCCGUGGAAACCAGUAAAGUGAGCAGCUCUAAAAAUUUAGAGGGCUGCAGUGAUGAAAAAGAAAAGAUGUGCACAAGAAAUGGCAAGAGGAAAGCCACAGAUGAUGGAAACGUGCCACCCGUACAUAAAAAGAAGCGCCUGGACCAGGAGGAGACCAAAGGUGGCACCAAAAAUUCAGUGGGUGAACAAAGAUGUGAAUUUCAAGCCAAAUACGUGGAGCAGGAAGAGCUUAGAGGAGGACAGUGUGGAAAAGUGUUUGCUGGCUACAGGAAAGAAGAUAAAUUUCCAGUCACUAUCAAACACAUUCCAAAGAGAAAUGUUCCCUUUAAAGUAAAGGAUGAGAACGGGAAGCGCAUCUCUGUGGAAGUGGCUGUUAUGCUCAAAUUUGCAGCUCAAACACCAGGAUCAGGGGGGACAUCAGCAGUCGUGUCCUUGCUGGAUUGGUUUGAUUUGCGCAAAGAGCUGAUCCUGGUGAUGGAGAGACCUGUCCCUGCUGUGGACUUAAAGCAAUACAUUAAGGAAAAUGGAGGUAUUUUAGCAGAGGAGACAGCCAAGGUCAUUCUAAAACAACUGAUUGAGGCUGCUAAAGAACUCGAGGAUAAAAACAUUUUUCACCGGGACAUCAACAUUGAGAACAUUCUGAUUGAGACCGGCUCAGAUGUGCCUCGUGUUCGCCUAAUGAACUUUGGAAUAAGCUGCUUUUUUAAGAAACGCUCAUUUUACAGCGUUUUUUGUGGCACACUUUGUUACAGCCCUCCAGAAUGGUUCAUGGGCCAGUGCUAUAGGCCUGGACCCACCACAGUGUGGCAGCUGGGAGCGGUGCUGUAUGAAACACUCCAUCCAGGACUCUUCUUUGAUACGGGACUGGCCCUCAACGACCUCUUAGAAAUUAGCGAGGAGCUGUCUGAAAACUGCCAGGAUUUCUUGAAAAUGUGUUUAGACCUGGACCCCAAAAGGCGCCCGAUACUGAAGGACCUCCUGCUUCACCGCUGGUUCAGAUGAACCGUUGCACACACGCAACAAAAUGUUUUUGACAAAAUGUUUUUUAUAUAUAUAUAUAUAUAUAUAUGUAACAUAGGCAAAAUAAGCUUUUGUUAAAUCCCACUAAAUUGGGAAUGAAACAGCGCCAUCUGCUGUCGCCAGUCGUACCUGCACUGUAUAGCAGUCGUGGGAACUGUGGAUCGGCCUCACUGCAUAGAACUGCUUGAGACGAGGUAACAUGGCUGCGAAUACGUGUGGACAAAACAUAAUAUUUGAGUCAUCCCAGAGUACAUGAGAGCUAAAAGCUAACUAUUUUAUGUUGUGUACUAUGCUCCUUGUUUUGUUUUCACCAUGUUUUGCUGAUAGAUAUUGUUAGAUGUCUUUGUAUCUGCCGUGAUUCUAUCAACUGAGCUAGCAGCUAACAGUGGUGCUGUUUUCCAGGCAAAACAGAGCUCAUGCUAAGUGUCCACACGAUCUCUAUCCACAACAACUGAUUUGCUGUGAUAUUUUGUGCAGGUAUGUUACUGUGUACAAUUUGGGAAUGUUAUACAAAUGUUCUGUGAUAAUUCUGAUAGAAUCUUGUUCUUUUGUUUUUUUACAUGAGUUGUGCAUAGUGUUAGAUAUAAGAAGAAAAAUGCAUAAAAG